AUGGCGGACGAAGAAGUAAAAUUAUUCGAUAAUCAAGGCAAUGAAAUAACGGCUUCUAGCAGGGCUCCUGUGUGUUUUUUCUGUCAAAAGAAUAGCUCUAAGUAUACUUGUCCGCGCUGUAAUGCUGGAUACUGCUCUGUUUCUUGUUACAAUAGUGAGAAACACGUCCAAUGUUCGGAAGGAUUUUAUAAGAAAAACGUGUUAGAAGAGCUGUCACAGCGAACCAAAGACCCUGAAGAUGUCCAAAAAGUGCUUAGCAUGCUGAAGAAUCUGGAGAAAGAGAAUGAAGAAGGCGAGGACGAGGAGUCUGAGGAGUCUUCUCUUGAAGAGCGUCUUGGUGGCAUUGAUCUAGACAAGGCUGACCCCAGCUUGAUAUGGGAGAGUUUGACUGAAGACGAAAAGAGAGAAUUCGAAUCAUCGAUAAAGUCAGGUCAUUUAUCGCAGGUGGUAGAAGAAUGGAUUCCUUGGUGGGAACCAGCAAAUGAACAGAGGAAACUAAAGAUCCAAGUGUUACAGUCAGAAGAAAGGAAAAAUGAAGAAACUGAAAAACCAAAUAAUGACAUCAGAAAUAAUAACCAGCAACCUCAAAAGUCUAAGAAUUACCCUACAGUUUUACACAAUUUGCAACAGCUAUCAUCACCAGCAAGUCCCUUGAUUAAAUACAGCAUUAUAGAUACCUUGUAUGCGUAUGCAUAUACAAUGAGAUUAUACAAUGGUUCCCCUAUGGAAAACCCAGAACAAUCUUCACAAACUCUGUACAAAUUAUCAUCAUCACUUUCCAAGAAUUUUACUUUUGAGAGCCUCGAGUCAGCUGUUUAUAAUUCUCUAAAUGUUGUGCUUGAAUCAAAAGAUCUUUUCAAUUCACAGAAGUUUUCCUAUGAUAUUAUACUAGAUAUUGUUGACCUAAUUCAAGGAAGUUUUAAACGUGGUAAAAAGGUGGUUAAUUUUGUUGACUGUGCUUUGUCAGAUGCCCAUAGAAUAAUAGAAAAGGGCAGAAAGGAGCUUAAACAUGGAUCUGAGAGCUGUAAAGAUGAUGUAAAAAGACUUUGGUUGGCAAAGAAGAAGCUUGAAUUUUUCUUAUCCUGGAUGCUGUCAAAUAGUGACAUAUUGUCUUCGUUUGCAGCUGAUCUAAGAACACUGCACUUGGAUUUAGUGAGCAAUAUUGAAAUCCAUAAAGCUGAGAAGAAAAAAAUCCAAGCAAAGUGGAAAGGAAAUAAACCACCGUUGACAAAGAAACUUAUUGAAGAAUUGUAGACAGAAAAUUAAAAUACAUGAAAAUGUUAACGAAGGAGCAGACAAUACCAUAAAUAACGCCCCAUUCUUUUUCUUUUUGCAAUGAUACCAAGAAUGUGAUGUGAAAUGCAAAAAAAAAAAAUGUUACUUUUUGCAAAGCUAUGUAAACAAUACAACACGCUGUUAAGAAAAAUGUGAAUUGUUGCUUUGAAAUUGGAUAAAUAUAUCAUGGUAAAAAAGA